ACGCCCAAAAUAGAAAGACUUUUCAUUAUUAUUAUUAUUAUUAUUAUUAUUAUUAUUAUUAUUAUUGUCUUCUACAUGUUUUUAUUAUUAUUAUUAUUAUUAUAUCAACUGAUUUGAUGAACAGAGCGCAGAUAUGCAAGCGCUGAUCUCCGAUCAAUCUCUCCCGUGGUUCAUUUCUAGCCGGAAUCCCUCUUUUUAUCAUUCUCCCUGAAUCGCCAUGUGGAGAAACUCCCUGAGUUUCUCUUCCAAACUCCUCUCCUCCUCAAACCCUAACUUCGCACGGUCACUCCUUUCCCCUUGCCUCUACUCAUCAGACCUUACUGCCGCUUUUUCUUCUUCUUCUUCUUCUUCUUCUUCUUUUGAGUUACUCAAAUUAGGGUUUCACAAAUACAAUGCAGUCCAAUCCCCCCGGUUCGCCUCAUCAGCUGCUAUCGAUUCGUUGUCACCGGCGGCUGCGUCAGCGGUCAGGGCACACGAUGUUGUGGGCUUCGCUCGGCAUUACGGGCGUUGUUACUGGGAGCUGUCCAAAGCUCGGCUCAGCAUGCUAGUUGUUGCAACUUCCGGCACUGGAUUUGUUCUUGGCAGUGGCAAUGUCAUUGAUGUUGUAGGACUUUGUUGCACUUGUGCGGGAACAAUGAUGGUUGCAGCAUCUGCUAACUCCUUAAAUCAGGUGUUUGAAACAAAUAACGAUGCCAAAAUGAAUAGAACAAAGCUAAGACCACUUCCGUCAGGGCGUAUUACUGUUCCUCAUGCAGUCACCUGGGCAUCUUCUAUUGGUUUGGCUGGCACUGCUUUAUUGGCAUGCAAGGCUAAUAUUUUGGCUGCCGGGCUUGCAGCUUCUAAUCUUAUACUUUAUGCAUUCGUAUAUACACCACUGAAGCAAAUACAUCCGGUGAAUACAUGGGUUGGAGCUGUUGUUGGCGCCAUUCCUCCCCUUCUUGGGUGGGCUGCAGCUUCUGGCCAAGUUUCGCUUAAUGCUAUGAUUCUCCCAGCUGCCCUGUAUUUUUGGCAAAUACCCCAUUUUAUGGCGCUUGCGUACUUGUGCCGUGAUGAUUAUGCUGCUGGAGGGUUUAGAAUGUUUUCUCUUGCUGAUGCUUCCGGUCAAAGAACUGCUUCAGUGGCUUUUAGGAACUGCUUAUAUCUUGUUCCCUUGGGUUUUCUAGCCUAUGAUUGGGGUGUGACAUCUGGAUGGUUUUGUCUUGAGUCAUGUCUCCUUACGCUCGCAAUUAGUGCUUCAGCAUUCAAAUUUUACCGGAGCCGUACAACAAAAAGUGCAAGGAGGAUGUUCCAUGCUAGCCUUCUAUAUCUUCCUGUAUUUAUGUCUGGACUUCUCUUUCAUCGCCUCUCUGGUGACGAGCACUGUACUGUAGAAGAUAAUUUAGAUCGGAUUACUGUGCUCCCAUUUUCUGCAGAAACAUCGCUGCCUGAAAGUGAAAAUGUUAGAGGGAAAAAUGUGGGGGACUCUGCUGCAAGCACUCGAGCACGCCCACCUGUAGCGCAUGCUUCGGUCGCACCAUUUCCUUUCCUGCCAGCUCCUUCGUAUAGUAUUCCAUGAUUAUUUGUUUUCUGGUUUGUGUUUUAUUUCACCUGGUAAAACAUUUUGACGCCAGUCUCCAAAAAAAUAAAAGUAAAAAAAAAAAAAAAAAAAACCCUUUUCCAAGUCCCUGGUUUUCUCUUGGCGAUUGUAAUAAGUAAUAUUUGUUUUAAAAUUUUUGAGGCCAGUUGCAAGUGACAUGCUGUACUUACGUGUACAUUGUGAGAACUGCUGCUUAUAUUUCUGUCAUUUGCCCUGACCCGUAAUUUUGGUUUAUGAAAUCAUUGGUUGUACUUCAAAUGUAAAAUCAGUGUGCAAGAUAAUAAGGGUACAACUGGGUUAUAUUGUGGUGAAA